AUGAGCGAUCGAAUGAUCGCUCAUCUUUUCGUGGAGUAUUUUCAGCAUGUUGUCGAUGAAGAUUCUGCACGAAUUGCGAUCGAGAAGCUCGAUGGAUAUAUUUUGGAAAAUAAACCAAUCAACAUCAGAAGGUCGACCUCGAAACUGCGACGUGAACCAGGAAUGGACAAACGGUGUUAUCGGUGUGGUGCGGCCGAUCAUAAGACGGUACAAUGUCCAAGUGACCCGUCGAAUCAAGGCAAUCUGAAACGUGGCACGAGUGCGAGUGGUGGACAGCCAAUCACGACGAUCGGAGGUGGCGGAGAGAAGCGAUUCGCUGCCGAUCCAACUGGAAGCGGCACACCUACGAUAACGAUAAAUCUGACUGGACGACCGAUUCCGGGCACGCAGACUCAGAUGCCAACGAGUGCAGCUUAUAAUGGCUACCAAACAGCAACUCAGACGGCACCACCACAGCAACAAUCCGUAGCACCUCAACAACUCGCUUCUGUUGCGCUCUCUGCCGCUGAUUCUGAUCCUGAACUCGCGAGACCUAUUGACAGUGAUUUGAUACCACUCUACGAACAGUAUAUGGAAUCUCGAACGAAGUAUUUCUAUUUCCGAGAACGACUCUCGAAAGAGAUGAAAGCACGUGCACAUGCAAUGCAUGCACCUAUCAAUGCAGGCGCCAUGCAACCGGCUCCUUUACAGGCACCUUACAAUACCGCCUUGUACGGUGCUGCCACUCUUGUUCAACAACCACAACAACCGUAUGCACAACAAACGCCGACUGCAGCAGUGCCAUAUUCGACUGGAGGUGCAGCGCAUUUCUACGCGAACACGUCGAUGGCGAGUGCUGUCACGGCUGGUGGUAUCUAUUCGACCACACAACAGCUACAGCCCCAACCCCAGCUGCAAAUGCAACCUCAGCCCCAACCCCAACCUCAAACCUACAUGCUGUCGAAUGCAUCAACCGCACCUCUGAUGACCCAUCAGCAACAACCAAUCGUAUCAGCGCAAUACACCCAACCACAACCGCAAGGCAUCGCUUCGGUUCUUCAACCACAAUCUGCCAGACUUUAUUGA